ACAAUCAUGCGAGAGCGGCAUAAAGUAUCGGCUGAAAUUAACCGACGAAUCACGCAAGUUUCGCGUUCCUGUUCGUCGCGAUCGUCGCCGCGCCGAAAAAAAUUGUUUCCAUUUAUCUAUUAUUUCGUAGGGAGAAAUUGAAACGGAGCAAAAAGCGUCGCUCGGUAAACUGCUGUUUACGUCGCCGGGGCUGUUUACGUUUUUUAGGCUCUCUCGGCUUUCCAAUUCCUGGAAGACGCUCGACGCGCGGCCUACGCGUUCUCCCACUCCCCCACUCCCACCCUCCACCCAACUCUUUCCAAACUUUUCCUACUGCCGGCCGUAAGAGUCGCGGUCAGUAUUGGUGCGAAUUCGGGGCUGUGUUCAGGCCGCUCCGCGUUUCUCGCGUUCUCUAACCGUCGAUCGUGAAUCUUCCGGCCAUAUUGCGCACCGAAAGUAUAGGCAGGAGCCAUUGCAAUUAAAGAAGGACGAUUGUGAAUCUUGCUCCGCGAACGAGUGUCGGGAGUGCCGAAAUCGAGCGACGGUCGGUCGUCUUGUCGCGUAUGUAAGUCCGUAUCGCGUCUCGCGAGUGGCGUUGAAUCGACAAGUUUUGGUCUCGUUUGACGCAAGCGAAGUGCCGAAUCCGCGUCUCUGUGCUCGCCGAGAGUGAAUCUCGCGUCGGAGUAACGUAUCUAUACCGUCGUUGCGUACUUAUAUCGGGCUUCGCGAAAAUCUCCGUUUCACACGCUAGGUGAAUCCGGGAGUCGCGAAGAUCGUUCUCUCGAUAGGCACCGGGUUCGUCUCGAGACAAUACGUACAUACUUUUUCCGCUCUUCCGUAUACACGAUCGGCGUGUCUCUCGACGCGACAUUCGCGAGUGACGUCGAAUUAAUUGACCUGUCGCACAAUACGGCGGAUUUAAAAAGUUUUCGUCUCAUUUAACGCCAGCGAAGUGCCGAACCCGAACGCUCUGUGCUCGCCGAGAGUGAAUCUCGGCGUCGGAGUAACGCCGCGUCUACCGUCAUGGCGUACAGUGAAUUUCGAAAGUUUCCGUAUCACACGCAGGUGAGUCGUUUGCGUCGCGGAGCGUACCUCCUCUUCCGCCCCCGUCGCAAAUUUUCCGUCAACCACAAUCGCAUCGCGUUUAAUGAUAUCGAAAAUAAGGCCGCGACUUUGUCGGACGCGUCCGUAUAUGCGCCGCGUAUAUAAUUCGCGCCCAUGUAAAUGCCGCGCAGUUUGCCGCGGACAAUCGCGUAACGAAGUAGCUCCCAACGCCGUGCCACCCGGAGAACCGGAGCUACCGCGGCCGUGUGAUAACGCCCCCGACCGACCGUUUCCGACGCGGCCAGGGCCAGGGCUUCCGUAGACGCGAGAAUUCGCAACCGAAAAGUCCGGCCCGAUGUAUGCACGGCGCACACCGCCCCGGCCUCGAACAUCGCACGAACUUCAAUUAGCGACCAGUGGCAAUUAGCAGAGCACACGAGGCUCCCCGCACGCCGCGCCGAAAAUUCUCCCGUGCGACGUGGGAGAUGCAGGCGAUGCAGCUGUAAGCUGCAAGGCAACCUAUGCAAAUUAAUAGUUUGGUCUUUUCCUGUUGUCUUUUUAUUCCCGGACCCUCUCGCUCUUUUUUUCUCUCUCUCUCCAUCUUUCUUUCUCUUUCUCUUGAGGGUUGCUCGUUUUUGCGCUAGAUCGUGAACUUUUUUUCGUCGCCGUCGUCCAAAUGAUUGCAUCCCCGAAGUAUAGAAAGAAGGGAGAAGCGAAAGCGCUUCUCUUGUUCUCGUACUAAUAUUGUAUGUCAAGGCAAGAGCAAACGCGUGUCGUCGCUGUAGAGAGCUUAAUUCUUUUACGGGAGCUUCUUCGAAAGUUUAGUUGGCGCGCGAGACGGACGGCUGUACGGUAUAUGCGGAACGCAAAGUCUAAUAUAAAAACACAUUGACUUUAUUACAUUAUUAUAAGAGAAUUAGUUACGACGCGUUGUCCGCCGUGUGUAACAUAAAAGAAUUUUUCGUUUCUGUAGAAUCUUUCAGGCAACCGUGUCGAGCUCAUCAUCGACAAAAAUUGCGCGCAAACGAUCAUUUAUGUCGUCGCGGGAGUGAUCACACCCGGAACAAAUUUCAAUUAGCACCCGAUAGCAAUUAACAACGUGUACACAGUGCUCGUUUGACGGCUCUCACACAAGUCAUUCUCGCGAAAAGCAUUUCAAAUUAAUAAGUUCUCCAUCCCUCCGUUACUCUCCGCCAUACGCGUACCAUUCAUUCGAUCGUCUGCGCUUCUCCCCGUUGACGAUAAAUAACAGUGAAUGUGCCACGUCCAUAUUCGAUAUUAGUUUCGUUGAUAGCGUGGCUAAACGCGCAGAAAUCGGAUGGAUCGAUCCGACCGCGGCUCGAUAUUCCGAUUUCCGAUAUUCGUGAAUAAGACCGCCGGCGCGGCGCGGCGCGGCGCGGCCAGGGAAGAUACUCUCGGGGGGCGCUUAUCACGCAGACUCUCUCUCUCUCGAACAACAGAUGUAUCCGGAGUAAGUACCUGUCGACGCGAUGGGCGUCACGACGACUGGCGCGUACAAUGACAAUCUCGUACGACAACACAGCGACGUCCCUUAAUCCACGCUGACGGAAAUGCACACAUUCGAGGCGGCGGCGCCGUAAACCGAAAGCGUAAACCGCGCCACGACAGCCCCCGUCCGAUGAGCGUUCCCGUCCUCGAGUGUCGAGACAAAUUCUCGUCUUCGACUCAUUAAAUAUCAUCCUGUUUCUGGGGGCGGAAGGAGGAGUCGAGGGGGAUCGACGGGGGUUCACGGGGGAUAUACGAUGAAACGCGCGGUAGUCCGACCACGUGAUCGUGCCGACCAAAUGGGAUAAUCGUCGACGCAGGGGAAACAGAGUGAUGGCACGUCGAGGUACGAUUCGUCUCGGCGUGCAUGUGCGCGUGUGACUUACAAAGUGCCCAAGUGCGAGGGAGAGGUCAAGGAUCGUAUCCCAGCGUGAAUCACCGUGACUUGGCCACUUGGCUCUCGGCUCGGACUCGACAACACAAACAAACUUCACGUUGCGGCUUGUAUGCGAAGAAAGCUUCUUGCAGUCUGGCAGGCGAAAAACGGAAUUACGGAUGUGACGAUACGAUGACGCGAGAUCCGCAACGACGGGUAGAUUACCCGUACGCUGUAGAUCGGCGGCGGAUACCGAGGAUGGUCCUUCAGAUUCUGUUAAUUCAGAAUUUUAUCACAUUUAAAGCCGUUGCUCAGAUAGCCGAAUGCCCACCUCCGGAAAUAAUAACGGGCUGUCCUUGUUAUAACUUUGAAGACGGUCUCUUUCUGGAAUGCGCUGGCGCUACGGAAGAGACUCUAAGAACAACGCUACAAGGCGUGCUAAGUACUAGCGGCGCGGGCACGAUGGUACAGUCGUUGAGUGUUUACGAGCUCGACAAAAGCAUCGAAGAACUGAAAGAGGGUGCCUUCCCUCCCGGCUCGCAAAUCAGGCAUCUUCAAAUAUCACAUUCAUCUUUGCGAGAAGUGAGCGAGGGCGCCUUCACGAAUUUGAAAGAUAGCCUGGAAUCCCUGGCGCUGGUUUCCGGCCGUUUGCCCCACGUGCCUCAGAAAUCAUUGGCCGAUCUACGAAAGCUGGCUGCCUUAGAUCUCGAGACGAACUUGAUACAGGACCUCUCGUCCUACUGUUUUUACGGCUUGAAGCUAAUGAAGCUGACUCUGAAGGGGAAUCAAAUAUCGAAAAUUUCCGAAUACGCGUUCGCGGGCCUCGAGGACAGUCUCAGCGAUCUGGAUCUAGCUGAAAACAAAUUGAAGCUGUUCCCCAUGGCUCCCUUGAGAAGACUCGAGAGCUUAGCUUCGCUCAGGCUGGCGUGGAACGAAAUAUCGGAGCUGCCCGACGACGGUUACAGCCUCCUCAGCUCCUUGCUGAUCCUCGAUCUGAGCAGCAACAAUUUCGAAAAACUGGCCGAGGACUGUUUCAGACCCUGUCCCAUUCUUCAUACCCUAUCUCUCUACUACAACUCCAUUGAGAGCAUUCACAAGGACGCCUUUGCGUCGCUGAAGGAUCUAGAGUCGAUCGAUUUGAGCCACAACAAAAUAGUCUUCCUCGACGUGGCGACAUUCAAGGGGAACGAACGACUGCGCACGAUCGAGCUCAGUCAUAACCAUAUUCACUACAUCGGCGGCGUGUUCGCGCGACUGCCCGAACUGAGGGAACUUUAUCUGGCGGAAAACAAUAUCCUGGAGAUCCCGGGAGAUGCGUUCGCCGGCAGCGUCAGCCUCGCGGUGGUGUAUCUCCAGCAGAAUGCCAUCCGUAGAAUCGACGCCAAGGGUCUCACGAGUCUCACGCAGCUGGCGCAAUUGCAUCUGAGUAACAACUACAUCGAGAAGGUGCCGCGGGAAUUCCUGGAGCAUUGCGAGAACCUCUCGUCGCUCUCCCUGGACGGUAACAAGAUCCGCGAGUUACAGCCGGGCACAUUUCUUAAACUGCAUCAAUUGCGCGAGCUGCGGCUGCAGGAUAAUCAUAUAACGGAGGUGAAGCGUGGCGUCUUCACGCCGCUACCGGCGCUUCUCGAACUACAUCUGCAAAACAACGCCAUCACCUCCAUGGAGACGGGCGCGCUUAGAACGCUGAAUAGUCUCCAGCACGUUAAUCUGCAGGGCAAUCAGUUGACCAUGCUCGGCGACGUCUUUCAGCUGUCCGCCUCAGAAUCGUCUUCCGGCGGAAGCUCUUUGGUGUCUAUUCAGCUGGACAGCAACGGCUUGGCCGUUCUGCACAAUGACUCCCUGCGCGGCCAAGCGUCCGUCAGAAUCAUGUGGCUGGGUCACAACAAGCUUACACACCUGCAAGCUCCUCUCUUCAGGGAUCUCCUUUUAGUGGAGCGCCUUUAUCUGACGAACAAUUCCAUAUCCAGGAUCGAGGACGCCGCUUUUCAGCCGAUGCAGGCUUUAAAAUUUCUCGAGCUCAGCAUGAAUAAACUGAGUCACGUAACGGCGAGGACAUUCUCGGAACUGCACGAGCUCGAAGAGCUAUAUUUGCAAGAUAACGGCUUGAAAAGACUCGAUCCUUACGCGUUGACGGCUCUUAAGAAACUAAAGGUAUUGGAUCUGGCGAAUAAUUAUCUUACCGUUUUACAAGACGGAAUUUUUCAAGAAGAUCUGCCAAUUAAAACGUUGAAUCUGAAGAACUGCUCGAUAACUACGCUGGAAAAGGGUGCCUUUCGCGGGCUCAGCAACUUGUUCGAUCUCAACUUGAACGACAAUCUUCUCACGGCGACGGCGCUGCUACGUCUGGACGUUUCCGGUCUUCGAAUACUCGCGGUGUCCGGCAACAAUUUCAGUCAGAUCACGGAACACUGUUUCAACGGGCUGCCGUCUUUGCAGGAGCUGUUCCUGGAUGGCUCACAAAUAAGUCAAUUACCGGAAAACAUUUUCGUGCUGAAUCGGAAUCUGGUGCGUCUACACUUGAACCAUAAUCAACUGCGUGCCCUGCCGCCGGGCAUUUUCGACAGAUUACUAACGUUGCGCGAGCUACACUUGGAUCACAAUCGAUUUCAAGAUAUCCCGUAUUCGGCGCUCGCGAGCGCUCUUAAUCUCGAGAUCCUCACGCUGUCGACCAACGAGAUCCUCAACGUCGACGUGGCUAGUUUCGCCAGCUUGAAGCAUCUGAGAGAGUUGGAUCUGAGCCACAAUAAGAUCGAAACGAUGUCCGGAUUCGCGAUGGCCAAUCUGUCGCUCUUGAUAUCCGUGGAUCUCAGCCAUAAUAAUUUGAACGCUCUACCGGCGAACUUUUUCGCGCAUUCGUCCUUACUGCGAAGAGUAGACUUGUCGGAAAAUAAAUUCCGACAGAUACCCGCGGUGGCUCUCUCGGGUCAGAAUCUUCCCGGUCUGGCCUGGCUAAAUCUCACGCGAAAUCCUCUAAACAGAAUCCAGGAUCUGCCAUCGGAGGCGAUGUAUCCUAUUCUCCAAGAGGUGCAUAUAUCCGGCACCAAUCUGAGUAUAGUAACCUCACAAGACUUCGAGGCCUUUCCGGCGCUGUUGCAUCUUUAUCUGGGUCAGAAUCGCAUCCUGCGAGUAUCGCCGGGCGCGUUUCGCAGUCUCCCGAAUUUGCUCACUCUUCACCUUGGCAUGAACAGCUUGGAGAUCUUGCCGAAGGAGAGACUCCAGGGCAUGGAGCAUUUACGGAUACUCAAUUUAACGCACAACCGUCUGAAAGAAUUGGAGGAGUUCCCGGAGGAUCUCAAGUCCCUUCAAAUACUGGACCUGUCCUACAAUCAGAUCGGCAUUGUUGGCAAAGUGACGUUCAAGAAUUUAAUUAGCCUGGUGGAGCUGCAUCUUUAUGGUAACUGGAUAAACGCCAUCUCCAGCGAGGCAUUUAGACCCCUGAAGAAGUUACGUCUACUUGACUUGAGUAGGAAUUACUUGGAGAAUCUGCCGUUGAACGCUUUCCGGCCACUCGAAACGCAAAUAAGAAGCCUGCGAGCUGAAGAAAACCCAUUGCAUUGCGGCUGCGAAUCGCAAGAAUUGUGGGAAUGGUUGAGAGACCAUCAGAAAUUGGUGAGCGGGGUCGGCGGUGGUCGUAGCCGCGGAAGAAAUGGUGUCGGAGUCGGUGACGUCGAGGGCGGUUUGUUAAGAUGCGAGCAGCCACCCGAGCUCCGGGGUCUCGUCUUCCUCGAUCUUGACCCCCACGCCUUCUGUUCCGCUCCGCUGGUCCUGAAACUCGCAAUUCAAGACAUUCAGCCAUUCUCCGUUCUGGUAUCGUGGCAGAGCAGGAAUCAUUCCGGCCUCCACGGAUACCAAGUGGCAUAUCAUGCCUUGGACAACGUCGACGAGGUUCGAGGUAAGCUGCUGGAUCCGAAGGCACGUUCGGUAAGAUUGACGAAGUUGGCAUCUGACACGCGCUACCUGAUCUGCGUACUUGGCUUGGGCAGUUGGGGCACCCCGAUCCCGGAGGACAUCGGCUCCUGGCAGUGGAACGCCUCGACCGAUGACGUGAUCGAGGGUUCCUCGUUGCCCGUGAUGGUAAACUCGCCUACGAGCCGGUGCACCGAGGUCAGAACUUUGGACGCGCCCGACUCGAUAGUGGGCGACGGCACGAUGAGCGACAGGGGCAGCUUGGCGAAUAUCCUCACGAGACGGCUGGGCCUGAUCGUGGGUAGCUGCAUGGGCUUUGUGGUCUUCGUGGUCCUGAUCUCCGUUCUCGGUUAUAUGAAAAUGAAGAAGCAGCGAGCGACGAUCAAGCGGGAUCAGCCGUUGUCCUCGAAUCCGCCGGAGUACAUGUCCUACAGGCACUUCUCGUUGCAGAGCGGCGACAGGGCAGAGAACGCCUGUCCGAGUUUCAUCAGUAACAUCGGGCCCCCGCCCCUCAGCUCGUAGCAGAAGGCGAAGGAGUCUCGUAAAGAGACCGCUCAACACGACAUCGAGAUGAAAACCGUGUCACCCAGCAUCUUCAGCUAAUAAUCGCGCGGCACGAGAGGACGACGACGCGUCGUGUCAAUGACACUUCCGGUGUCGUCGGAUAAAGUGACGAAAAACGGGACAGCCGCAGGUAGUACCGGAUCUUCGAACUUUUAAUGCGCGUUUCAAAUAAAUCAAAUUAGAAACCGUCGAACAUGUCGAUCACAAAGUGGAACGAUGAUCUGUGAUGAUCGUGAUUUUAUUCCGGGGCUGUUACGAGUUAACAUAAUUUAUUUUACUCCGCGAGCAUAAUCCACAAACGCUAUUCGAUUUAGCAAAUAAUCAAAACAGCACGGCAAUCGGUAAAAUUUUUUAAUCAACAACAGCACUUCGACAUAGAACAAUUUUUUGUACUAUAUAUCGUCGAACGUGACCGCGACGUCAAUAUUUUCGCGAUUAAGCUUCGCCUUGUGCACCGAAGGAAAGAAUUCGACGUAGCAAAGUGCCAAAAAUACGUGUUUCCACGCCACAAUACAAGCCUUCUCACCCCCGCCGAUCGCUUGAGUGUAAACGCGCGACUUCCGCUGUGAGAAGAAAAGAACGUCCUCGAGUGACUUAAUCUCAUUAUCACCCAUUAACAAGAAAGCAUUGUCAAUAUGCGCGACUUCGGUACGUCACAUGACAUUCGAAACUCGUUCCGAAAGACUGGGAAACAUUCUCGCGUGAAAUCUAAGGAAAUACCUGCCUGCGAGAAAAUCAAACGUACGCGAUAAAAUUAGCAUUUCGACAGAAGAUUUUACCGGAGCGGAUUACUCUUUAACGAUUGUUCUUCUUUUUUACGAUGUACACCAUGGGGAAAAAACCGCCGGCUGUUAUCGGCGAUUUAUUUCCCCGCUGCUUUUACGAAACGAGCAACCGAGCACAACGACGUAUCGACCCUCUCUCACCUUCGAUACCCUCUCGAAACUUCGAAUCUCUCGUACGAAGACUGAUUUUUUACGCCGUUUGAAAUUUCCUUCACAAUUCCGAGACUCCUUCGCGUAUCACGCACUUGACGCGACACCUUUUUGUAAAUAUGUAACGUGAAACAUCGCGGCAUAACGAUGUUUAUGCAGAUGUGUAUCCGUGAAAUUCGUCUUUAUAGUGCUGCGCAAGCAAUAUUACACUUAUUCGUAUUGAUAGUCUCUAAUGAUCAGCACUAACGUAAUUAAGAAGAAACGCGAUCCACGAUGAGAGACGUCGCGUCCUUAAGACAUCGCAAUAGGGAAGAUUUUACGAACGGUCGGUGAUCUAGCCUCCUCAAUUUUGAUAAUAUCACGUUACGAGGCGGACAUACACACAUCUCGUGACAUUCGGACGAACACAUUCGAACUCUUGAAUUGUGAAAGACUAAAUGUGAUUCCUGCCAAGAAAAAAGAAGAAGAAUUAAUCGAUUCCAAGUUGCCAAAUGUUAACUGUGUAUCAAAUAUUGUGCAAAAAAAAAAUCGGUUUAUUGUAUAUAGAUAGAGGAUAUGUAUACACAUAGCAUUCUUUAUUAUAGCCUAGGCUUUCGGUUAAUAAAAGUACCCCACAAAGCUGUAAA